AUGCUCUUCCCACUCGUCCGAAAGAUCGGCCUUUUGGCCUUUGGGGCCUUGGUCAUGGUCAACCCUGCACUUGGAGCAAAAAAGCCUAGGCUAGGUGCUUACGACCUGACGGAAGCCAAAAUGCCGCUUGGCCCGCUCAAAGUUACCCUAGACUAUGGCCUCGCAACAACUUGGCCGACGCCGAUGGAUGUCAAUGGGCCGAAGGUCAAGCGCAAUUGGCAAUUUAGUACCCACAUGGUGUUCAAGAAUUCCGUUGAUGAAAUAUCGGACGGGCAGCUCUGGCAAAUCGCACGAGAUGCGGUUGAUGAGAUGAUUGCCGACCGAGAGCAAUAUAUCAUCGGAGAGCGAGCACAACCUGGGGCCAUGGGAAUUCUGGCCUGGGGUAAUGAGAUCAUACUCGCUUCUUCUAUGAAGGGAGCGGGCUCUUUCUCCUAUGACUUUCUUGGAGGUGACAACCCGGUCGGUAGAAGACUAGAAAUAUGCCAGAUGCUCUGGGGGGGAGACUGGUCGACUACCCACAAGAACAAUGGCAAUUGCGCAGAGGAAUUUGCGGCCUUCUUAUACCACAGUCAAAACGAAAUCGAACUGAAGGAACAAAACCCGAGAGUUGGCACCUGGGUUUGGGUAAACGCUGAUUGGAAACAGACAGAUCCAUGUGGAACUGGUGAAGCGGCAAGUAAUUAG